AUGCUUUGGCCCUACACACGAUCUCUAGGAUGCGCUGAAGGACAGCCGGGUUCGAAUCCUUCGGCAAUAGCACAGAUCAGACUGAGACGUGGCAAUGGAGGCCUCAGUGUGUUGUCGGACACUCAAUUGAUAGAGACUUUGGCCCAUUUCCCGCGAGAGAGAAUUCCAGAAAGGUUCAAGACUGUGCACGCCAAAGCAGCUGGGGCUUGGGGAGAGUUUGAAGUCCUACAUGACUGCAGUGAUCUCACCGACGCCUUGCUUCUCAAUGCUGUCGGCAAAAAAACGCCUGUUCUGGCUCGGAUCUCCACGGUCGCCGGCGAGAAAGGCUCUAGCGACACAGUACGCGAUGUCCGUGGAUGGGCCAUGAAGUUUUUCACGGAAGAAGGAAAUCAAGAUUUCGUGUUCAAUGACCUGCCAGUAUUCUUUAUCCGUGACCCUAUAAAGUUCCCAAGUAUGAACAGAAGUCACAAGCGUCAUCCACGGACUAAUGUGCCGGACAACAACAUGUUCUGGGAUUUUCAUGUCAAUAACCAGGAGGGCAUACACGCUCUCAUGCACUUAUUUGGUCAACGUGGCAUCCCAGCGUCUCUACGCCACAUCAAUGGGUAUAGUGUUCACACAUAUACCAUGAACAAAGAAGAUGGAAGUUUCAAGUAUGUCAAAUGGACUCUACGGCCAGAAGAUGGCAUUGAGACUUUGCCAUCAGAUGUUGCUCUUCGGCUCGCUGGAGAAGAACCUGACGAUCAGAUCAAGGACCUCUUUAACGCUAUCGAGCGAGGAGAGUAUCCGAGAUGGAUCGUUUAUGUUCAGGUCAUGAGUUCAGAGGAAGCUGCGUCUGCACCGAUCGACAUCUUCGACAACACAUUCACAUGGCCUCACCGCGAGUAUCCACUAAGGCCACUUGGACGACUUACUCUGAUGCAAAAUCCGAAUAACUACUUCCAAGAAAUCGAACAAGCAGCGUUCUCGCCCUCGAACAUGGUUCCAGGCAUUGGACCUUCUGCUGAUCUCGUCCUUCAAGCACGCAUCUUUAGCUAUCCUGACGCCGCGCGCUAUCGUGUCGGCCCGAACUACCAGCAACUUCCCUCCAACAGACCGCGGUCGAAAGUGUAUUCCCCCUAUGAGCGCGAUGGACCCGGAAGAAUUGACGGAAACUACGGCGGGGAUCCUGACUAUGUCCAGUCCUCACUCCAACCCUUGAGAGUGAGCACACGUCAUGCAGUGCCUACGCAUGAACAAUGGAAUGGCCAUGUGGUGCAACAUUCGACCGAGGUGACAGAUAAAGAUUUCGAGCAACCAAGGGCACUGUGGGAGAUUAUUUGCAGUGAAAAAGAUGGGCAGAUGCAAUUCCUGGACAAUAUUGUGCCGACUUUGUUGGGAAUCAAGCACGAGCUGCUAGUCAGAGCCUUGGAUAUGUUUGCUCGUGUCGAUCCCGACAUAAAGCACCUCCUAGAGGCAGAGAUACAAAGAAGGGGCUCGGAGAAGAGUGGCGCUAGCCCCAAUCAAACUCAGAAAUACUCUGUGGCUACCUAGUGCAGAGAUCUCGAUCAAUACAACAACCCGUGGCGAGAAGAAAUCGUGACUGAGGAUUUUGAUCACUUUUGGACAUAAUGUGAUGCAUACUAUUGGCUCUGCUGCUAUGGCUGGCCCUCCGAAGCCAUUCAUUUCCCAUGUCUCUGGCGGGGAGUAACCAUUGAAGAAAUGUGACCGAAACAUCUGCGUUGAUGGCAGAUCGUGUAUCGUUGUUUUCAGGGGUUCUACCUGCUCAGACGCUGCAGCUCGGCGUUACUUGGGUUUGAUACGGAAAUAUAGUAUCUGUAUGCCAGAACUGUAGAGUCCAGAAGAGGGUGCGAUGGUGAUGCAUGAUGGAAACACCAUGUAAGCAGCAACAACUUCCCAACACAAGCACCAAGUCGAAUCGCUGAUCGUAUGUUGGAGAUGACAUUGCCA